GCGGGGCACAGCUUUGCGGAGCCCUAGCGCAGCGCUGGGGCGGGGGGGCGGCCGAAAGGGGGGCGGUGGUCGGGCCGCGCAGGCGGAGAUGGAAUGGGGCCCGGGCUCAGACUGGUCACGGGGGGAGGCUGCCGGCGUGGACCGCGGGAAGGCGGGGCUGGGGCUCGGCGGGAGGCCACCCCCGCAGCCGCCCCGGGAUGAGCGCGCCCAGCAGCUGCUGGACGCGGUGGAGCAGCGACAGCGGCAGCUCCUGGACACCAUCGCCUCUUGCGAGGAGAUGCUGCGGCAGCUGGGCCGCCGUCGCCCGGAGCCGUCUGGUGGCGGGAACGUCUCAGCCAAACCCGGAGCGCCGCCCCAGCCAGCUGUCUCCACCAGAGGUGGCUUCCCAAAGGAUGCUGGUGAUGGAGCUGCGGAGCCGUGACCAUCCCCAAGCCGGGUGCCCUGACAUGUCUCCCUCCCCAGGGAUGGUGGUUGGACUCUGAACAACUCCCCUCAGUAAAGGGGCCAGUCUUACAAGCAGUGGCUGAUACUUGGCCUUCAGCCUGGGGUGGCAGCUCUUGCUAGCAGCUGGGUUCACUCCCACUUCAUCCUGGCUGAAGGCAGUGCUGUGCUUGGAAAUAUAGCCAGCGAAUACCCAGUCUGACUACUUGGGUUUGGGUGGACCAGCAGUGCUCGCCAGCGUGGUCUGGCCCACUUUGGGGAUUCCAGGUAGUAUUACAUGUCCAUUUCAUGCUUUGGGGGCUCUUAGCCCCACAAAACAACUUCGGCAGAGCCUUAAUUAAAAGGAAACCUGCAGACUC